UGCCAAAUCCACCAACUCAAACUCAGCCAAGCAACUUGCAAAACCUUCUCAAUCCCACCACACAUUCUCCAUUCCCACUCACUGAAACCUCAACCCUUUCCUCACCAUAGAAAAAUGGCUCCCACCAUGGCCGCUGCCGAUGCUGCCGCUAAUGGCGUCGUGAAGCUGAAGCCCGAGGACCAGCCCACCUGUGCCUACGUGACGUUUCUAGCUGGAAACGGUGAUUACGUGAAGGGUGUGGUCGGGCUGGCCAAGGGGCUCAGGAAAGCGAAGAGCAAGUACCCACUUGUAGUGGCGAUCUUGCCUGACGUGCCGGCAGAUCACCGGAAGAUCCUAGUGGAUCAGGGCUGCAUCGUGAGGGAGAUUGAGCCUGUCUAUCCGCCGGAGAGCCAGACCCAGUUCGCCAUGGCUUAUUAUGUGAUCAACUACUCCAAACUUAGAAUUUGGGAGUUUGUGGAGUACAAAAAGAUGAUCUAUUUGGAUGGUGACAUCCAAGUCUUCGACAACAUCGAUCACCUCUUCGACCUCCAAAAUGGCUUCUUCUAUGCCAUCAUGGACUGCUUCUGCGAGAAGACAUGGAGCCACACCCCUCAGUACAAAAUCGGGUACUGCCAACAGUGCCCCGACAAGGUCCAAUGGCCCGACCACGUUGGCCCAAAGCCACCUCUCUACUUCAACGCCGGCAUGUUUGUGUACGAGCCAGACCUCGACACUUACCACGAUUUGCUCGAAACUCUCAAGAUCACACCUCCCACUUCAUUUGCUGAACAGGACCUCCUGAACAUGUACUUCAAGGACAUCUACAGACCGACUCCUAACGUGUACAACCUGGUGCUCGCGAUGUUGUGGCGUCACCCUGAGAACGUCGAGCUGGACAAGGUGAAGGUCGUCCAUUAUUGUGCCGCUGGGUCGAAGCCGUGGCGGUACACAGGCGAGGAAGAGAACAUGGACCGGGAGGACAUCAAGAUGCUGGUGAAGAAGUGGUGGGAUAUUUACGACGACGAGUCCUUGGACUACAAGAAUAUCGUUGCAAGAGAUGAAGCGGCUAAGCGAACCAUAUGGGAUCGAUUCCUCAAGGCGUUGGAGGAGGCCGGAGCUUUCCGCUUCUUGACGGCCCCAUCUGCAGCCUAGGUGUUUGGAACUAGGGCUGGUUUAUAAGUGUGUCGAGCAAUUACAGAGCAGGAUACAAUUGGAAUUGGUUGCUUUUUUUUUUGCCUCGAAAGGGGAGGGUUUUAUUUUCCCCUUCAUCUCCCUGAUUUAAGGGUUGAAGAUAAAGAUGUCUCUUAAGUUUUUUGUUUUCUUUUGUUGAGUGAUGUGUACAGAUAUAUAUUGGAAGAAAUUUCAAGUUAGUAUAUGCUACUUCUGUUGAGUAUCUA